CCUUCACAACAAGGCGAGGAGAUCGAUGAUGUACGCCCACUCGCCGCCGGUCUUCCACCUCUCCUUCUCCGCUGCUCCUACACCACCGUCACCGCUUCCUCCUCUUCCUCUUCCUCUUUCUCUUCUACAUGAAGGUGAAGCCGACGACGCCAUCUACAACCACCUCGGAAACAAGGGGCAGCCAUCCUUGAUACCAGAGUAUGACCUUGGAGGAGAAGGGGAUCUGUUCAAGGCUCCAGAGCCCAUAAUUGAAGAACCGCUGCUUACCCUUGACUCGAUCACGGCUGCCAUCUCGAUAAUGUCCUGCUAUGAGAAUACAAUGGAUGACACCAUCCAGGUUUCAGACAUGGGUUUGAGUGAAGUGAUGUACGAGUGCAAGAAGGAGGUCAUGGAGAAGUCGGUGAUCGAAGAGAUGAUAUCCGAACUUCUAGAAGCCAUCCCUAUGUUACAAGUUGAGAAGGUCCCCGGAGAAGUCAGGGCAUCACCUUUAACCGGUGAAUGCUCACUCCAGAAGAGUGUUAGCUCUGAAUGCCUCAACUCGGCCGAUUGGAUGAAUGGGUCAGUGAGGCCAAAUUUCUUGGAUUUCCAAGGGCUCGACUUCGAGGCGGCCUUCGGGCUAAGGAAGAAAUGGAAUCUUGGUGCCAAUACCCCUGGGCUUGUAACCAUCAGUGACCUAAAAACUGAGGAAAGGAAGCAGAAGCUCUCCAGGUACAGGAUGAAGAAGUUCAAGAGAAACUUUGGCAGAAAGAUCAAGUAUGCUUGCAGGAAGGCUAUGGCAGACAGCCAACCAAGAACGCAAGGGAGGUUCGCCAAGAUGCACCGUGGCGACAUGCUCGAGCCGAGGAAGUAA